GCCGCGGCGCAUCAGCGGUAAUGAAGCCGCAGCCCGGGGAUACCUCACACAGUCUAGCUAGGAGAGGAAACCGCGGCGGUUUGCGCUCGUUAACAUUUAGUUGCUUUUUUCUGCACUGCAGGAGAAAAUAAUCAUUUUUUGCUGAAGUCGUUAUUGUAGAAACACUAGGAUGAACAGCAUACGGCAUGUGCCCUCACGAGUGAAAAGCAAGCGGACGGAGGCCAACCUCGGAGCGGAGAGGGAUCAUUUUGACAAGCAGCAGCUCAGCAGCAUCAGCAAAGCCAUCACCAGCACAGAGACGCCUGUGAAGGAGAAGCAUGCGCGACGAAUCAUCCUUGGGACCCACAGGGAGAAGGGAGCCUUCACCUUCUGGUCCUAUGCACAGGGUUUCCCUCUGCACAGCAGCUCCAUCCUUAGCUGGAAGUUCUGCCAUGUACUGCACAAAAUCCUACGGGAUGGGCACCGCAAUGUUCUACAGGACUGCAUGAGACAUCACAGUUCUCUAGUUGAAGUCGGAAAAUUAUGGGCCCACCUCCAUGACAAAUAUGGGCAGCUGGUGACUCUGUACACCAAGCUGCUCUGCACAAAGCUGGAGUUUCAUAUGAAGCAUUCAGAAAUUCCACCGAACCUGGAGGCCUCAGAUGAAGUACUGGAACGCACUGCAGGAUCUGACAUUAAUAAUGUGUUCCAGCUCACAGUGGAGGUGUUUGAUUACAUGGACACAGAGCUACGGCUGGCUGAGACAGUGAUCAGACAGCUGAACACAUCCAUUGCUAUCUCCACUCUCACAUCAGGCCAGUGUCGCCUGGCCCCACUCAUCCAGGUCAUCCAAGACUCCAGCCACCUUUACCACUUCACUGUCAAGCUGCUUUUUAAGCUGCAUGCCUGUCUCCCUGCGGAUACCUUACAAGGACACCGCGAUCGUUUCCAUGAACAGUUCCGCAGCCUUAAGGAAUUUUUUAAUAAAGCCAGAGAUAUGCUGUACUUUAAGAGGCUGAUCCAGAUUCCCAGACUGCCAGAAUCCCCACCAAACUUCCUGCAUGCAGCCUCACUGGCCAGACAUGUGAAGCCAGUGGUGGUCAUCCCUGAUGAUGAUGAAUCAGAGCAACCAGAUGAAGACGAUGAUGAUCCAGAGCCACUCAUUGAAGUUAGCAAUGCCUCAACAUCCAGCAUCCAGGCACAGCCACAGCAGAUGGACAUAUUUGAUCAGGCCUUUGGACCUCCAAAUGGAGGUUUUGAUGACAGGGAUCUCCAGAUUGACAGCCUGAAGUCGGAACUCGAGCUUUUGAGAGCAGAACUGGAGAGAGUCAAAUCAGAGGCUCAGCGUUACAUCACACAGCUCAAGUCCCAGAUCAACAGUUUGGAGGCAGAGUUGGAAGAGCAGCGCAUGCUGAAACAACGUGCCCUUGUGGAAAAUGAGCAGCUGCGCAUGGAGCUGGAGGCGACCCGCCGGCGAAACUCGGAACACGAAAAUUUACAGACCACCUUCAUUGAGGCAGAGAAAAAGGCACAGGCCACCGAGCAGCGGUACAACAAGCUGAAAGAAAAGCACACAGAACUGGUGUCCAGCCAUGCUGAACUACUCCGGAAGAGUGCAGACACAGUGAAGAUGCUGUCAGUAACCCAGCAGACUCAGGAGGAAGUAGAGAGGACCAAACAGCAGCUGUCUUUUGAGAUGGACCGGAUAAAGCAGGAAGCUGAUAUGAAGCUGGAGGAGCAGAAGUUUGAGAUGGAAAGGCUGAAAAGAGAGCUGGAAGAGAAGAUGGCAGAAGUGAUGCGCAUCAAGUCUACUCUGCAGAGUAGCGAGCAGACGUCUGAGCAAAUGAACAGCUCAAUGACGGCUCUGCAGGCAGAGAAGGAGCGUUUGAUGCGAUCUGUGAGUGAGAAGGAGGCGGAGCUGUCAUCUCUGCGGCAAGCAGCGCAGGUGCAACAGUCAUCACUUCAGCAGGAGCGAGAGAAGAGCAACAGGGAGCUUGGAGAGCUGCAGGGCAAACUGAAGGAGAAGACAAAUCAGGAAGAACAGAUGAAGAAGAAGCUUCUGGAGGAGCAAUUUGUUCUGCUGCAAGGUACCAUAACAGAAGCAGAGAACAUCAUCCAAGAUGCUGUUGCCAAGGUGGAUGAUCCCCUCCACAUACGCUGUACCAGCUCUCCAGAUUACCUCAUAAGUCGGGCGGAGGCCACCCUGGGUUCCGUCGACAAAAUGAAAAAGGGUCAUGCAGAUUAUCUUAAAAACAUGGCAGAUGCAGGAGGGCUGCUGAGGGCACUGACCCAGUUCUCACACUUGGCUGCGGACACAAUUAUUAACGGCAGCGCUACAGCACACAUGGCACCCACUGACCACGCAGACAGACUGACUGAGAACUGUAGAGGCUGUGCAAUGCAAAGUUUGCAGUAUCUGAAUGACCUUAAGUCUAAGGCUACCAUCCAGAAAGCAGAUCCAGUCUCUAUUCGCAUAAUUCUACAGAAGAUCCUGCACUUGGGCCAGGAGCUGCGACCAAAAGGAAUGGACAUCCGUCAGGAAGAGCUGGGGGAUCUGGUUGAUAAGGAAAUGGCUGCAACGUCAGCAGCUAUUGAAGAGGCAGUCCGCAGGAUUGAUGAAAUGAUGAAUCAGGCACGAAAGGACACAUCAGGCGUUAAACUGGAGGUCAAUGAAAGAAUUCUUUAUAGCUGCACUGAUCUGAUGAAGGCCAUCCGCAUGCUGGUCAUAGCAUCCACAGACUUGCAAAAGGAGAUUGUUGAGAGUGGGAAGGGUGCAGCAACCAUUAAGGAAUUCUAUGCCAGAAACUCUCGCUGGACUGAGGGACUCAUCUCUGCUGCCAAGGCUGUAGGAUGGGGAGCCACAGAGAUGGUAGAGUCUGCUGACAAGGUGGUGCUGCACACAGGCAAAUAUGAGGAGUUGAUUGUCUGUUCACAUGAAAUCGCUGCAAGUACAGCACAGCUAGUCGCUGCAUCCAAGGUUAAGGCUGAUCGCAACAGUAAGAAGCUGACAGUUCUCCAACAAGCUUCUCGCCAUGUAAAUGAGAUGGCAGCUAAUGUGGUGGCCUCAACAAAGACAGGCCAGGAGCACCUGGAAGACAAAGACACCAUGGACUUCUCUGGGAUGUCCCUCAUCAAGCUGAGAAAAGAAGAAAUGGAGUCACAGGUGAAGGUGCUGGAAUUGGAAAGUCAGUUGGAGAACGAGCGUCUGCGUUUAGGUGAACUGAGAAAGAAGCACUACGAUCUGGCAGGAGUUCCUCCAGAGCAGGUUCCUCAGGGGAACGGCGAAACCUCCGCACUGGCUCAUUCUGUCACAAUGUCACCGAAACCCUCUAAGCCUGCUCUCAUGAAGAAACCUUCGUUGGCCCACAAACCCAAUGUCCCACCCAAAACAAUGUUUAAGUAAAUACUUGAGGAAGAGAAUGAUGCGCUACAGAAUGGCUGGAUUGAGAAAAAGCAGAUUUCUUUUAAGUUGCAUAUUGACAAUCCCCUCCGUCACCCUGCUUUUCACCAUUUUCUUUUUUUCCCUUGUUUUUGCCAAGAUGGACCAGAAGCCUGACCUUUUUUUUUUUUUUUUUUUAUAUAUAAUCCUUGAUGCCUAUUGGGGUAUGCUGUCUAUCCUUUUUUUUUUUUAAAUAAUAGUAAUAAAGAAAGUAAAACAUGUUUAAUUUUAAGAUUAUGCAUUAAGAGAUUUUCUUUUAAAAGCGUUUAAAAUUAAUUUUAUUUGGAUUACUAAAUUAAGUACUACUGCUCCCUUUUUUAAUGUUAACAUUAAUAAUGUCCACAAAGUGACAGCAUAUCUUGUAUAUUUAUGUCAAAAGCUCACUUGAUUGUAUUUGACAGCCUUUUUGCACAUUGUUUUAGGCAUUUGUUACGAGGAUAUUGCAUUUCUUUUUCUUUUUAAUGUACGCUGUUCUAUUGCUAUUUAUGUUGUGAUGGGUGCGAAAGAAAACUGAAGAAUCUCUUCAUGUUGGUCCACAUUGCUGGAAAAAAAUUUGACAUAACUCUAGAUUUGCCUUCAUGUGCAAAAUAGUUUUUUUUUUCCUUUCCUCAACAGGACAAGAUUGUCUCAGAGGCCUUCAAAUGUACUUUACCAGUGCAUUAAAUAACACUGUAGAGAUAUAAAGCCUGUAUAAGAGAACAUAGUUCACAAUACACUUCUCUUGAAUGUCUUUACAACUGGAAAACCUGGAUAUUAUGUUAAAACUUAUAGAUACACUUAAUGCUUGCACAGAGAUAUUGGAUGUAGGUGUCCUUAAUUAUCAAAUGCUUCUUCUAGGCUGAAAAUGAAGAUUUUAGGGUUAGUUAAUGUACAAUAUCAAAGUGUUGAAGUCCUCUUUGCCUCUGGGAGCCUUUCUUACAGGGUCUUAAAAUGUAACUUUUUAUGUUCUAUCCUUUCCUCAGUACAAAAUGUCUUUAUACACUCAGAUCUCUUAAUAUAUUUUAGUAAAUUUACUGGUGGUUUAUCCUUGUAAGAAGUGUAAAUGUCAGACAAAUAAACAAUAAAUGUUUGAUUCAGUGUA